CAAGGACCUACAGCAUCACCAUGAGCGCGCUCGUCUCAUCGUCGAGCUUGGCCCGCGACGUGCUCACGCAGCCCGAUUUGUGGGAGCUCAUCCUCGCUUACCAAGACGGCGUGCCGUGCUCGCUACAGCACAUGUUCCAGCUCUACUACGCCAAGCUCGAGAAGGUCCAGUACCACAUCCACCCGGAGCUCAACCAAAUGCAAGAUCCGCUGUACAUGCGCGGGUACCUCCUCUGUCGCCUCCUCCAAGACGACCACUGCGACGUCGCCCACACAUUCCUCGACACCUUUUCAAACGACGACGACAUCAAACUCCCAUCGCGCGUCUCGAUCCUCAUCCGCAACACGAUCGACAAUGCGGUCCGCGCGCGCAACUUGUCGUUAGUGAAGCGACUGCACGCUCGACCAGCCAUUGGCAUUUGCUCGCAGCUCGCCAUGGACAUUGCGGCCGCCAACGGCGACCUCGACAUCGUCCAGUUUCUGCAUCAACAUCGCACCGAAGGCUGCUCCCGGCUUGCAUUCAAGAAGGCCAAAAAACACAAGGCGGUCCUCGCAUUUCUCAAAGCAAAUCGCCCGCAAGACGAACAUCGACGCGAAACACGCGUUCGCGGCGAAUAUGAUCCCGGCGCAGGAGCGAUUGGUUGCAUCGUGCAAUAGACCAUUUCCUACUAAUAUACAUUUGAGCGAAUGAAGAAGAAGGAGAUUGCUAGUCUCUACGUAUGCGAAGUCUGUGUAAUUAUGAAGAUAACGCGAAACACGUUCAUAUAUUUUUAUAUAC